AUGCCACUGUUCCUCCGGCGAUCCUUUUCUCCCUCCGUCGUCUCCUCCUUCUUCUUCCGCCGUUGCUCCAUGGCUUCCAAAUCCAUCUCCUCGGAUCCAAUCAACCCAUCAAACACCCGAAUCGGGUGGAUCGGAACCGGCGUCAUGGGCCGAUCAAUGUGCGGACACCUAAUCAGAGCCGGAUACUCCGUCACCGUCUUCAAUCGCACCAUUUCCAAAGCCCAGACACUUCUCGACAUGGGUGCGAAGCUAGCUGACUCUCCGAGCUCACUCGCUGCACAAUCCGACGUCGUUUUCUCAAUCGUCGGUUACCCUUCCGACGUCCGUCACGUCCUCCUCGAUCCAAACUCCGGCGCUUUGUCCGGUCUAAAUCCAGGCGGCGUCCUCGUCGACAUGACUACCUCAGAGCCUUCGUUAGCCGAGGAGAUAUCCGAAGCAGCCUCCUCCGCGAACUGCUUCUCAAUCGACGCUCCUGUCUCCGGCGGAGACCUCGGUGCUAAAAACGGAAAGCUAGCGAUAUUCGCCGGAGGAGACGAAGCCACCGUGAAGCGUCUAGAUCCGCUUUUUUCGCUGAUGGGCAAAGUGAAUUUCAUGGGAGCAAGCGGGAAAGGCCAAUUCGCGAAGUUAGCGAAUCAAAUCACGAUCGCGUCGACGAUGUUAGGGCUCGUGGAAGGGAUCAUCUACGCUCACAAGGCCGGGCUCGAUGUUAGGAAGUUUCUCGAAGCGAUUUCCACCGGAGCCGCUGGUUCCAAGUCGAUUGAUUUGUACGGCGACCGGAUUCUGAAGAGGGAUUUCGAUCCAGGGUUCUACGUUAACCAUUUCGUGAAAGAUUUAGGGAUUUGUUUGAAGGAAUGUGAGAGGAUGGGAUUGGCUUUGCCUGGAUUAGCUCUUGCUCAGCAGCUUUACUUGUCUCUCAAGGCACAUGGUGAAGGUGAUCUUGGUACUCAAGCUCUCAUCUUGGCUCUUGAGCGCCUCAACAAUGUCUCUGUUUCUUGA